AUGGAAACCAUGAAGAAAAGUGACAGAAAUACUAGAAGUUGUAGAACGAAAGCGAGAGUUGCAGGAUUAAGACGGUGUGUGCAGUACUACAGACUGCGACCCAUGCAGUACCGAAAGACCUUCUCCUGCAGCGAAUCGUACUUCGUACGAUUCAUGAUGAGCAACAUUGCAGACAUUUUCAACCCUCCCGCAUCGCGCCCGGUCGUCACAGACAAUUGCGCGCCGUGCACGGCUGUGCAGGCUCUCAUGUGUUUUGGUGGGGGAUGGUAUAUGCUGCUGGGGUUUCCAUUACAAGAUAAAAACGGAAUUAUCGAUGUACGUAAGCAUCCAGUUUGGUGGCAAAAAAGUGUACGAGGCGUGGGGGUUUUGUUAGUAGGAUUAGGAGCAUAUAGAGUGGGGGAGUUGGCACAAAUGGCGUGGCAUAGGUAUAAGACUAAGUAA